AUGCAGGAAGCAUCGCAAAAACUAGGAUUUUACUUGGGUGAGGAAGACAUGGAGUUUUCCAGCUUCUCAAGCGGGACCGAACGUGCUGUCAAGACUUGGCAAGCCUCCUUAGACGCCCCUCAAGAUGGCAUAGUGACUGCAGAACUUCUUGAACAAUUAUAUACGGUGGCACAAAUUGAGGGUUUGGAUAACAAAGGGAGUACUCUGACUGCUACACAAAAGGUAUAG